AUGGAGUUUAAGUUGAUUAUCAAGAAGCGUCUUCGUGAUAAAUACGCUGGUCAUCAAGAAAAGCCAAAGAAACGGUUGAAGGUGUUGAAGAUGGUUGUUGAGAAAUUCUACUAUCCAAAGGAUAACCCAGAGAAACCAAAGGGAGAAGACGCAUUCUUCAUCUGUGAGGAACAGCGAACCAUGGGUGUGGCUGAUGGGGUCGGUGGUUGGGCCAAGAAAGAGAUCGAUUCCGGUGAAUAUGCCAGAGAGCUCAUGACAGAGGCUGUGAAUGCUGUUCAUCUUCAAUCAGAAAAAGGCUUUGUUGAUCCAAGAAAAGUGUUGAACGAUGCUUUCUUGAAUACCAAAGCUAAAGGUUCGUCCACUGCAUCUAUUGUUACUCUGAAGGAAGGGGUGUUGCAUGGAGUUAAUGUGGGUGAUAGUGGUUUAAUGUUGUUUAGAAAUAAUAGGUUUUUGUUUCAAUCACACUUCCAACAGCACUCUUUCAACGUGCCAUUUCAAUUGGGGAACAGUAAGAUCAGUGACCACCCUGACUCUGCACAUGAGUAUAAGAUUUCGGUAAAGGCAGGGGAUAUCCUAGUGUUAGGAAGUGAUGGACUUUUUGAUAACUUGUACGCUGAUACUAUUGAAGAAAUUCUGAGCUGGUAG